GUUACAAGACUAAAGGGUUUCGAUAGUAUCCUCAAUAAAACAAAUAUUCGGGCCAAAAGCCCAAUCCGAUGAGUUUUUGUCCGUUCUCUUUCAAGCAGGAGUCGCCAAAUUGAAAUAAACCCAAAACCUCUCUUUCUCAGCUUGGAUCUAUCUCUGAUUCUUUCACAUAAUUGAAGUGAUAAAAGUUAAAAGACACCUCACCAUGGCAACAAGACAGAUGGUUAGAUAUGUAUCUCGCAGGUUCUCAAGUGGUGGCAAAAUACUUGGUGAGGAGGAGAAGGCUGCAGAGAAUGUCUACAUCAAGAAAACCGAGCGAGAGAAAUUGGAGAAGCUUGCACAAAAGGGCCCUAAACCUGAAGAGACACCAGCAUCAGCAAGUGGAGUAGCAGGUGAUGCAAAAGCAAGUGAGUCCACAUCAGCAAAAGUUGUAGGAGUAUCAACAGAUAUGCACAAGAACUAUGCAGUUGUAGCUGGUGUUGUAACUGGUCUAAGUGCCCUUGGAUGGUAUCUUUUGUCAAAAGACAAAAAGACCCCUGAAGACCUUCAUGAUUGAAGACUCACUCAAUAAGGUGUUUCCUUCUAUGCCCCUUUUCAUUCAAGACUUUAAAACAAUAAAAAUUUACAUGAUUUUAUCACCAAUCUUGGUGCUUUUGCUUUGUUUUGUAAUCCAUAUAUGAUUGUUUUCAUAUUAAAACAUACUCUUGAGACCCGAAUGGCCGAAUUCGUUCAUGUUUUGUUAAUUUUAUGAUUUUAGGCAUCAAAUUUAUUAUUUCCUCUAA